CUUCCCCCUCUCAAUUGUAAGCCACGCCUCUCUCCUUUGCUGGUUCAGAAUAUGAGAAGAAACCCUUGCCAUUAAACUUUUGUGAUGUACUGCAGAUUCUGAACCAGAACUCCGCGAGAAACCCUACUUUGUAACGAAAGCCCUAUCCUUCAUUUCUUUAUUUCACCAUUAAAGACCAUUUUUUUCUUUCCUUGGUUCUGAACCUGCUAAAACCCUAGCCUUUAACGAUAUAAUUUGUUGUUGAUUUUACCUGUAUUGGUGAAAACCCCAAUUUUUUUAGGAAAGCCUUCAGCUUUUUGGGUCGUAUAACCUCCAUUACGCCAACAAACCACGAAACCUUGGCGUUCCUUGCGUUUUGUUCUUGAUCCCUGAUUUUGAGGCAUUUUCCUCUGAAUAUUGGCUGAAAAAGUCUCGCAUCUGAAGCUUUUCGGUCAAAUAUCAGGGUUUUUGUGGCUACAUAUUGUGUAUUUCUCAAGCCUUCUUUAUAGGAUCUUUUACAUCUGGAAAGAAGAAAUGGUAGGAAGCGUGGAGACCGUCUCAGAUGUAGUGAAUGGAAUCGUGAAGGAGUAUAUGGCUGAGAACGUUGAGCCUUUACCAGAGGAGUUAAAUCCCAAGAAAAUUAAGGUGCCUUUGCAUCUGAAAAAUGAAGAUGGUGCAGACAAUGGUGAGAACAGUACUUUAGUUUCAGGUAAAAGGGAGAUUGUUCUCGGAAGGAAUGUGCACACGAGUUGCCUUGAAGUUACAGAACCUGAUGCUGAUGAUGAGGUUACAGGAGACAGGGAGGCUUGUAUGGCCAGCAUUUUGGCGAGGUAUCGGAAGUCUCUCAUCGAGAGGACCAGACACCAUCUGGGUUAUCCUUACAAUCUGGACUUUGAUUAUGGUGCUCUCGCACAACUGCAACAUUUCUCUAUCAACAACCUGGGCGAUCCAUUUAUUGAGAGCAACUAUGGAGUUCAUUCAAGACAGUUUGAAGUCGGGGUUCUCGAUUGGUUCGCUCGUCUCUGGGAAUUGGAGAGGAACGAAUACUGGGGUUACAUAACAAAUUGUGGAACAGAGGGCAAUUUGCAUGGCAUUUUAGUUGGGAGGGAAGUUUUUCCUGAUGGAAUUCUCUAUGCCUCGAAGGAAUCCCAUUAUUCUGUUUUCAAAGCUGCACGAAUGUACCGAAUGGAUUGUGUUAUGGUCAAUACUCUGGUCUCUGGUGAGAUUGACUGUACCGAUUUUCGAGCUAAACUCCUUCAGAACAAGGACAAGCCAGCCAUCAUCAACGUUAAUAUUGGUACAACUGUCAAGGGAGCUGUUGAUGAUCUGGAUUUGGUCAUUAAGAUCCUUGAAGACACUGGAUUUAACCAUGACCGGUUCUACAUUCACUGUGAUGGUGCCCUGUUUGGGCUCAUGAUGCCUUUCGUGAAACGGGCACCAAAAGUCAGCUUUAAGAAGCCUAUCGGUAGCGUGAGCGUAUCUGGGCACAAGUUUGUUGGCUGCCCUAUGCCAUGUGGGGUUCAAAUAACCAGGCUGGACCACAUCAAUGCCCUCUCUAGGAACGUCGAAUAUCUCGCUUCUAGGGAUGCCACCAUCAUGGGCAGCCGAAAUGGUCAUGCACCCAUCUUUUUAUGGUACACUCUCAAUAGAAAGGGCUAUCGUGGGUUCCAAAAAGAAGUGCAAAAAUGCUUAAGAAAUGCCCAUUAUUUGAAAGAUUGCCUUAGAAGUGAAGGAAUCAGUGCCAUGCUCAACGAGCUGAGCAGUACAGUGGUGUUUGAAAGGCCACAAGAUGAGGAAUUUGUUCGAAGGUGGCAGCUGGCUUGUCAGGGGAACAUUGCACAUGCUGUUGUAAUGCCGAAUAUCACCAUAGAGAAGCUUGAUGAUUUUGUGAAAGAGUUGACUGCGAAGAGGUCAACUUGGUUCAAGGAUGGGAAGGCCCAAGCUCCUUGCAUUGCUGAUGAAAUUGGGGCUGAGAAUUGUGCUUGUGCUCGUCACAACUGAUGCCUGUUUCACGCCAUGGCUUUCUGAUUUAUUUUGCUUGUUGUAAUGGUGGUAGUAGUCCUAGUUGUUGUUGUAGUAAGAGACUGAAGUUCUCCUGGGGAAUAUGAAUAGAAUGUCUGUUUUAUUCUCUCUGCUC